AUGGACUUCGCCUUCAUCGAACCGCAGGCCCAGCUUAGUACAGCUUGGGCCAAUCGAAACUUUCUGGAUUUCGUCAACGCCCUGAACUUUGGUGCCAAGCCCGAUCUGCGGGAAAACCGCGAUACAAGCAUUUACCAGAAAGCACUCUCCACUCCAUACUCCUCAUGCUUUAUAGAGGCCUGCAUCGAUCACGGAUGCCAGAUCAACUAUGUAAGUACCCAGCUUUUAAAGACCCCAGUCAGCUAUGCCGUCGAUUCAAAGGAUCCCGGGAACCUGGCGGCGCUCCUGAAAGAUCGGCCGGGCAAAAAGGUCGACGUGGACCGAAAGUACGGCCAACUCACACCUCUUAGCUCUCUGGCCAAAGCUCUCACGGAGGAAAACUCCUCGGAGGUAUUGGCUUGUAUGCGUAUGCUGCUGGACUAUGGCGCCUCGCCGAACAUCCCCGACAUCUAUGAACGCACUCCUCUGCACAACGUGCUGAGGAAGCCCAUAGUACGAGCGAAGAAGAAGGGGCUGGUUGAGCUAUUUCUCGCUCAUCCAAAGCUAGAUAUCGACAGAUACCGCAAUGGAGGGGCACGUCGACUACUGGAAGAGCAGUUUCCAGAACUGGAAAUGCCGGAUAAGCUGUUAAACGUCAACGGCCUAACCCUCAAAAGGACUCUUCGUGAUGGAGACGAGGGUCUAUUUGAGAAGCAGUUUGCCAAGUUCCUGCAAACUACAAAGGACGAAAAAGACAGCCAAUUCAUCACCCAAAAUGAGCAAUUUAACCUCCUAAAGUGGAGUAUCGAGUACGGAAGGCAGAGAGCCUUUAAAACCAUUCUGACUAACGCUAUUGACAUCGACAAGAAUGGUCUCGUCGAGUGGACCAUUCGCUUGGGCAACUGGCAGGCUCUGGAGCAUUUGUUAAGGGAACCAAGACUCCAGCUGACCUCCGCCUGUAUGCUAAUAAACACGGUGAUGGAUUUUGUAAAUGAUGUGCCCUCUGAUAACGUCAACUAUCAACGCUGCUUCGAGUUGCUCUUAAACUGUAAUCGGUUGGACAUUAACCAGGCUGAUAAAAAUCGUCAGGUUCCGCUUUUCUAUGCGGUCCAAAGCCGCAACACGUUGGCGAUACAAAAACUCCUGAAACAUGGAGCCUACAUUGGGUGUAGGACCGCGGGCACGCUGCCCAUCAAGGACAUGGCUCCCGAGUUGCUCGAGGAGCACUUUGAUUCCUGUAUAACCACGAUCGGGAAGCAUUCGGGUGCACCGGAUUUCGAGAUCAUUAUCGACUAUAAAAACCUGUUACCCUAUAGAGGUCAAGUGAGAUGGGACUCAACGCCUUCCGAUCAGCUUUACGACGAAAUGGCCCCCAUCGCUUUCAUUGCCAGGUCAAAGGAGUUGUGUCACCUCCUGCAGCACCCGGUUAUCUCGAGCUUCCUUUUCUUCAAGUGGUGCCGGGUUUCCUUGAUCUUUUACCUUAAUUUACUGAUGCACUCGUUGUUCAGCGCCAGCAUCAUCGUCCUCACCCUCAUCAAAUUCCACGGGAGCGGCACUGGAACAGUUUUCAAAGCCUUCACCUGGCUGGGAAUCGGCUAUCUAAUUAUUCGGGAGGCCAUCCAGCUUAUGAUUGCUCCAGUUUUGUACCUGAAGUCCAAAACAAACCUAAUGGAGUGGGCUCUUAUAGGACUAUCGAUCUGUACAUGCAUUGAAUUCGAUUUCUCCGAAAACACGCCCGCUUUUACCAUCCUUCUAGCCUCUACGGAGUUUUGUCUGUUGGUUGGCUCCAUGCCAAUCCUGACCAUUUCGACGCACAUGCUCAUGCUGCGAGAAGUCUCGAUCAAUUUUCUAAAGAGCUUCACCCUCUACUCGAUCUUCGUGCUGACUUUUGGCUUGUGCUUUUACAUCCUAUUUGGUGAAUCGGAGAAGAAUGUGGAUCCUGCGAAUGAGAAAAACCAUUUGAAACUCAAUUUUAGCACCCCCUUCGUGGCCCUGAUCAAGACGAUUGUAAUGUUGACAGGAGAACUUAACGUCGGGGACAUUAACUUUACUAGUGUCUACACCUAUCUGAUCUUCCUGCUUUUCGUGAUGUUCAUGACGAUUGUGCUUGUCAAUCUACUUAACGGUCUGGCCGUAAAUGAUACCCGGGAUAUCAUGGACCGAGCGGAGCUAAAUGGUGACAUCUGUCGCUGCAACCUGCUGAAUCGGUACGAACUGGCGCAAAUUAAUCGCGGAUGUCCUGGUCCCUUCAAUCAUGGCUUACGGAUAAUCUGCCAGCGGUUGCUAAAAAUGUACCCCAAUUAUAUGAGCCUACAGCAGGUUUCAAUACUGCCAAACCAGGAUAACGAGUUGCGCAUAGCCAAUAUGAAUCCUUCUCAAAAAGGGACCGCAAAUUUAUCAAUAAGUGGGGUAGCGACCUACUGGCUCUGCACCGGAAGCUUCUACGAUCAGACCGCCAAUAAGGCUCUGACUAUAAUAGAGAAAAAUAAGAGAGCUAUGCAGAGGCGAGAACAGGAAGAAAUUAACGAAAGUCGUCUAGAUCUUAUCGAGCAUAAGCUAAGCCAAUUGAUUGAUCUGCAACAAAAAUUAUAA